UGUGCUACGAGAUUGUUUGAAAUGUUUUGGCGUGAGGGAAAGAACUUUUCCAUGAAAGGAGAAGCUUGAAUACGUAGUUAACAAAUUGAUGUUAAGCAACGUAGAAGAAACAAAUUUAUGCUAAAAUAGUAGGCCAAAGAAAUAUAUAAUACUAAGAGGUGAAGUGCUUGAACCAUCUCCUCGUGCUGAUCGUUCUUCCCCUUCCCGUUCUUCUUUGUCAUCGAGGCGAAGUUUCUUCUCCUCCAUCUAAUUUAACCUCCACCUUUUUGAACCAUGCACUCGACCACCCUUUCUCAACUUCUUCUUUUUCUCCUCCUCGCAAGUUGCUUCUCCCCCGUGCUGAACCGUGUAAUGGUCUUGGACGAGGACAGAGGCAAGGGAGGGAAGGUGGCUAGUUUCAGUUUAGCUUGGCAGCUUGUUUCAAUGCGCUUUAGAGCACAGGUCGAGAAGCUCCAACUUCCUCCAACCUUUUAUUCUGGCAACAUCGAAUCUGUGAAGGGGAAGAACCAAGUUGCAAUUGUUGGCAAUCCUCUUUCUUUGGAACCACAUGUGGGUAUUGAUGGGAAUCUGAAAUUGCCUCAUAGUAUGCCUUCAUCUGUGUGUACGUCAUCUAAAGCUAAUACUCGACAUUUUCUAGGAUACAACGAUGAUUUGGAUGAACAGAGUAUUGAAGAUUUGAUUUCUUCAUUUAUACAAUAUGGCAAUCAAAACGGUUUAGUUAUGUCAAAGAUAUCAGUUCAAAAAAAGGGUCGUACUCUAAUUUUUAAGAUUUAUGCUUCUAGAAAGAAUAGCAUUGAGAUGAGUUCUGCAACUGGGUAUGGACUUUUGGCGUGGUUUGUGAUCCCGUCUGUAUUAAUUUUUAGCAUACUACAUUAUAUGAAGAUUCUUAAGCUAGGCAAACGUAUUAAGCAAUUGACUGUUUUUAGACGAAGUGGAGUUUCUAAGAAGAGAAAAGCUCGAAAGAAUGGAACUAUUGUGGUUUCAUGCUCUGACAAGGGGGGCAACGGAUCUGAGAGCAUAAACGAUACUCAAUUUAGUGAAAAAUACCUUUUUUUCAGUCAUCAAUCUAUUGAUGUUGGAAAUGGGCGCUGGGUUGGAAAACUUUUUGUUUCCAAUAUUGAAAUCGGUAGGGGCAGUAAUGGAACAAUUGUUUUUGAAGGAUUUUAUGAUGGUCGUUCUGUUGCCGUAAAACGUCUUUUAAGUACACAUAAUGAUGUCGCUCGAAGAGAGAUGGAGAAUCUUAUUGCUUCUGAUCAGCACCCAAAUAUUGUUUGACUGUAUGGAGUAGAGCAGGACUUAGAUUUUAUUUAUAUCUCGCUUGAACGGUGUAAUUGUAGCCUAGCUGAUUUAAUUCAGCAUUUUUCUAAGUCUUCUACUGAAGGUCCAACCUCAAACUCUGAAAUUGAGAGUAGUGUACAGUUGAACUAUUUGAAAGGUAUUGAAAGGGAAAUGGAGUUGUGGAGACGAGAUGGGCUUCCUUCUACGCAACUUCUAAAACUAAUGAGGGAUGUCGUUUCUGGUCUUGCACAUUUGCAUGAGCUCGGGAUCAUUCAUCGGGAUCUAAAGCCGCAAAAUGUAUUAAUUAACAGUGAUGGGAUUAUUAAGGCAAAGCUUUCUGAUAUGGGUAUCAGUAAACGUCUUCAAGUAGACAUGUCUUCCUUAAGUUGCCAUUCUACAGGUUAUGGAAGCUCUGGGUGGCAAGCACCUGAACAGCUUCUUCAUGGGCGCCAGACUCGUGCGGUGGACUUGUUCAGUUUGGGAUGCAUCCUUUUCUACUGUAACACCAAAGGAGGACAUCCGUUUGGCGAUUAUUUCGAGCGAGACAUGAACAUUCUCAACAACUGCCUUGACCUUUUUUUAGUGGAUUACAUACCAGAAGCUGUGCAUCUCCUUUCUCAGUUGUUAGACCCAGAUCUUGAGAUGAGGCCAAAGGCAGCAGAAGUACUUUGCCACCCUCUCUUUUGGAGUGCAGAGAAGCGGCUUGCUUUUCUUCGCGAAGCAAGUGAUAGAAUCGACAAAGCAAGUGAGAUUGAUCUUCUUACUUCUUUAGAAAAUGCGGCACCAUCCGUAUUUGGCAGGAGAUGGGGCAAAAAGUUGGAUGCUGUGCUCAUUGCCCACAUGGGCCGACAUAGAAAAUAUAAUUUCGAGCUCUUGCGCGAUCUUCUACGGUUAAUAAGGAACAUGUCAAGCCAUUAUAGAGAGCUUCCUGCGGUACUUCAGGUAAAAACUGGGUCACUUCCGGAAGGAUUCGAUCAGUACUUUUCUAGUCGAUUCCCGAGGCUGCUGAUUGAGGUCUACAAAGUGAUGUGCACAUAUUGCAGGGAGGAGAACUCAUUCAGCAAAUACUUAAAGAGAAAAUUAGGCCAAAUUUAA